AUGUCUUCCUCUGCUUCCUCCGCAUCCCUCCAACUGAUGCUUCUGAACAUCCUCGUCCUCUCCUACAUUUCUACCUACUGUGCCGACUCGAUACUAGCCAGGAUAGUCAAUGGGUGGAUCCUCCUCUCCAGCAUUUUGGCCUUUCUGGUGUCGUACCCGUCGUAUUUUUCCCCGAGCACUUGCUUUAGGGGUCUUACUACUGGAUUAUGA